AUGGAUUCGCAAGAUUCGACCGCUCGUCCAUUCAGAGUCAUCGUCGUUGGUGGUGGUAUUGCUGGCCUUGUAGCUUCUAAUUGCCUACAACGAGCGGGUAUUGAUCAUGUCGUCCUCGAGAAGCGCGCAGAGAUUGCGCCUGCUGAAGGUGCUAGUAUAAGUCUAUAUUCGAAUUCCGCACGAAUAUUGCACCAGAUCGGCUGUCUCGAAGCAGUCGAAUCAGUAGGUGCGCCGGCGAAUAGAGUAAAAUUCCGACUACCGGAUGGGACUAUUAUAUCGGAUGUUGGUUUGUUUGAGCACCUUAAAGAGAACCAUGGAAACUCUGGGGUCAUAAUUGAACGGCGAAGAUUAAUGCAAAUACUUUACGAUAACCUCCCUACUAAAUCACUAGUUAGGACAGGUUGCUCCGUUAAAGGGUUAAGACUCGUUGAGGAUGGCAUCGAAGCUGUUCUUGCGGAUGGAACGGUUGAGAUAGGUGACAUGGUAAUCGGCUGCGACGGAGUACACAGCUCUGUCAGGAGCAUGAUGUGGGAUUAUUCAAAUAAAACUACCCCCCUGGUAGCAUUACAACGAAGGAAAAGAUGUGCAAGUAUGAAGGCAAAUUGGAAGGUUCUCCUUUUAACCGGGCCUGCUAUGCCAGAGAUUGGGCACCACGUAUUUACGUUCGUAACCUUCCGUCUCAAAGAGCCGGUCAUAUGGCCAAGGAGAAUGUUCUAUACCGCUCAAGAUGCCGAACAGCUAGCUGAGACGGUGGCCUCCUAUCCCGUUUGCGAGUCACUGCUAUUCGGAGAGUUGUGGCGUAAGCGCGAGCGCGCCUCUCUUGUGAAUGUUGAGGAGGGCGUGCUAGAUAAAUGGCAUUUUGGUCGAAUUGUCCUUGCUGGAGAUGCUGCUCAUAAGGUUACCUUCCACAUGGGUUUCGGCGGCAAUUCCUCAAUUGGGUCCAUCGCAACUCUUUGCAACCAGCUAAAGAAGGAAAUUAAAUCUCACAAUGAGUCAAGUCUAUCCCCAAGUACGCUAGAACGCUUAUUUGAAUCCUACCAGACUAAGCGCCACGCACGAAUGAAGAUGAACCCUGACUUGGGAUACUCCACUAAAUUAUUGGCCCGAUGGAUUUUCCCACGGCUCCCCGAACGAUAUCUAAGUGAUCAAUUCAGCAAGAUUAUUAAGAGGGAGCCAAAGCUCGAGUAUAUCGGGAUGGGUAGUUUUCCACGUGGCCAGCUGACAUGGGAAGAUGAAGCGACGACCGGUAAUUCUAAAGAUGAAGAUUUGGAAUAA